AUGGGGGAGUCCGGUUGUGUCUAUCUCUUCGGAGAUCAGACAGGCGAUUUUGACGCUGGUCUCCGUCGUCUGCUGGAGGCAAAGAACAACUCUCUGCUCACCUCCUUCUUCCAGAGAUCCUUCUUUGCCCUGCGUACCGAGGUCACCAAGCUGCCGCCGUCUCAGCGCGCCAUCUUUCCUCGCUUUACCAGUCUGGUUGACCUGCUGGCGAGAUACCGCGAGAACGGGCCCAACCCUGCUCUCGAAAGUGCGUUCACAUGCAUCUACCAACUUGGAUGCUUUAUCAAUUACUACGGUGAUCUCGGUCAUCCUUACCCUGCAAGCUCCGACAGUCAUGCAAUCGGUCUCUGCACCGGUCUAUUGGCUGCCGCCGCCGUCAGCUCCUGUAAGACGGUCGGUGAGCUUGUACCAGUUGCCGUUCAGACCGUAGUCCUCGCACUGCGGUUGGGAUUGUGUGUCCUGAAGGUCCGCGAUCUGGUAGACCCAAGCAAAUCCGGCCCUCCGACCUGGUCGGUCCUUGUGUCGGGAAUCCACGAAGCAGAUGCCGUGGAACUGAUUCAGGACUAUUCCGCGACGAAGGCGCUUCCCCCCUCAUCUCAGCCGUAUAUCAGUGCUGUGAGCUCGAACGGGUUGACCAUCAGUGCUCCACCUGCAAUCCUGGACCAGUUUAUUGAAAAUAAGCUCUCCAAGGAGCAUAAGCCAAUCAGGGUGCCGAUUCACGGCCCGUAUCAUGCAGCUCAUCUGUACGACGGAAGGGACGUUGACCGAAUUCUGGAGUCUUGGCCCCAGGAGGAAUUUGCUCGGCAUAGCCCGCUCAUCCCCAUCCUGUCCAGCACUUCCGGGGAACCGAUCGACGCCAACAACCUUCAGGAUCUUCUGAAAGUUUGCCUCGAGGAAAUUCUCUUGCAUCAGCUUUGCUGGGACAAAGUCGUUGAUUCUUGCGCGUCAACGCUAAAAUCCGCCAGUACCACUUCAUGCAAGCUGUAUCCCAUCUCCACCUCGGCAUCCCAGGGAUUGAUGACCGCUCUGAAGCGCGCUGGAGUCUCCAGUAUCGAGCUUGAGAAUGGACUUGGCGACGUCCGGAAAAACCCUGACGGCUCCAACCAGACUGGCAGAUCGGAGCAGUCAAGGAUCGCCAUUAUCGGCCUAUCUGGACGCUUUCCCGACGCCCCUUGCCCCGAGAAAUUCUGGGACUUGCUCUACCAGGGACUCGAUGUGCAUCGUGAGGUUCCUGCGGACCGCUGGGAUGUCAAUGCCCACGUUGACCUGACGGGAAAGAAGAGAAACACCAGCCAGAUCCCUUAUGGUUGUUGGAUCAAUGAGCCUGGAUUGUUUGACCCACGCUUCUUCAAUCUCUCGCCACGGGAGGCCCUGCAGUCCGACCCCGCACAGCGCCUUGCCCUCUUGACGGCAUAUGAAGCUCUCGAACAGGCCGGCAUUGUUCCAAACAGUACUCCGUCCACCCAGAAAGACCGAGUGGGAAUCUUCUACGGCAUGACCAGUGAUGACUACCGUGAGGUGAACAGUGGCCAAGACGUUGACACGUACUUCAUUCCGGGAGGCAAUCGUGCCUUCACACCGGGGCGCAUCAACUACUACUUCAAGUUCAGUGGCCCCAGUGUCAGCGUUGACACCGCCUGCUCCUCCAGUCUUGCAGCUAUCCAUGUAGCGUGCAACUCCCUGUGGAAGAACGAUUGUGAUACCGCCGUCGCAGGCGGCGUCAACAUCUUGACCAACCCGGACAAUCACGCCGGUCUCGACCGCGGCCACUUCCUCUCCAGGACCGGAAAUUGCAACACGUUCGAUGACGGCGCAGACGGCUACUGUCGUGCUGACGGCGUUGGCACUGUGGUUUUGAAACGCCUGGAAGAUGCCAAAGCUGACAAUGACCCGAUUUUGGGCGUGAUUGUGGGAGCAUACACAAACCACUCCGCGGAAGCCGUCUCGAUCACCCGCCCUCUGGCUGGUGCCCAGUCGUUCAUCUUCGAUAAAUUGCUGAAUGAAGCCAACUUCGAUCCUAAAGAUGUCAGCUAUAUCGAGAUGCACGGGACCGGUACCCAGGCCGGAGACGCAGUUGAAAUGCAAUCGGUGCUCGACGUCUUCGCGCCUGACUACCGGCGCGGACCGGCUCAGUCUCUUCAUCUCGGUUCGGCCAAGUCGAAUGUUGGCCACGGCGAAUCCGCCUCUGGUGUGACCGCUUUGAUCAAAGUGCUGAUGAUGAUGAAGAAGAACAUGAUCCCUCCCCACUGUGGUAUCAAGACCAAGAUCAAUCACAACUUCCCCACCGACUUGCAACAGCGCAAUGUCCAUAUUGCCUUUGAGCCGACUCCCUGGAACCGCCCGCAGAGUGGACUGCGCAAGGUCUUUGUCAACAACUUCUCGGCAGCUGGCGGUAACACGGCUCUGCUCUUGGAGGAUGGCCCGGCUGCCCAAGAUCGGGACGCCCGUGAUCCUCGAUCGGUCCAGAUCGUCAGUGUUUCAGGCAAAUCGCAGACGGCCCUCAAGAACAACAUUGACUCCCUGGUCAAGUAUAUCGACGAGCAGUCGAAAACCUUCACCAACGAGUCCAGCCUGCUUGCAAACCUUGCCUACACUACUACUGCUCGCCGGCUUCAUCAUCCGUUCCGAGUUACGGCCACCGGUUCCAGCUUGAAGGAAGUGAGAGAUGCACUGUCCAACUCGGCCCAUCAGGAAAGCUUCACCCCGGUCCCUGCCAAGGUCCCCAGUGUCGGCUUUGUCUUCACGGGCCAGGGGGCUCAGUACACCGGCAUGGGCAAACAGUUGUACGAGAUCUGCUCCCAGUUCCGGGACAACCUCGAGCACCUUGACUGCAUUGCACAAAGCCAAGGGUUUCCUUCUUUCCUUCCCUUGGUUGACGGCAGUAUUCCGGUUGAGCAACUGAGCCCGGUCGUGACACAGCUAGGCACAACCUGCGUGCAGAUGGCCUUGGCCAAAUACUGGAUCGCUCUUGGGGUUAAACCUGCAUUUGUGAUGGGACACAGCCUCGGCGAGUACGCUGCCAUGAAUGUCGCAGGCGUUCUCACAACCAGCGACACCAUCUACCUUUGCGGGCGCCGGGCUCAGCUCCUGACCGAGAAAUGCCAGGUUGGAACGCAUGCUAUGCUAGCUGUCAAGGCCUCAUUUACCCAGGCUAAACCGUUCUUGGGCGAUGAGAGCAAGUAUGAAGUUGCCUGUAUCAAUGGGCCCGGCGAAACCGUGAUCAGCGGACUUGGUGCCGAUAUCGAUGAGCUCGCUCAGAAGCUUAGCAGCCAGAGCCUGAAGUGCACCAAACUGAAAGUGCCCUUUGCCUUCCACUCCUCGCAGGUGGAUUCAAUCUUGCAGGACCUUGAAGAACUGGCAAAUGGAGUCAAGUUCACCACCCCAUCGACUCCAUUCGUGUCUGCUCUGCUUGGCGAAGUCAUCAUGGAACAAGAUGCUGAUAUCCUGGGUCCCACCUACCUGAGACGUCAUUGCAGAGAGCCUGUCAAUUUCUUGGGCGCCCUCGAAGCCACUCGCCAUGCCAAGUUGAUGACCGACAAGACUCUCUGGAUCGAGAUCGGUUCUCACACUGUCUGCUCCGGCAUGGUCAAGGCAACCCUUGGUCCCCAAACCAAGACCGUCGCAUCCCUUCGCCGUGAGGAAGACACCUGGAAGGUGCUCUCUAACAGCCUCUCCACAUUGCACUUGGCAGGCAUUGAGAUUCUUUGGAAGGAGUACCAUCAGGACUUCAGUUCCAGCCACCAGGUUCUCCCGCUCCCCGCUUACAACUGGGAUCUCAAGAACUACUGGAUCCCCUACGAGAACAACUUCUGUCUGUCUAAGGGGGCACCCGUCGGUGAGAUCCAAGCCGCGCCGGCUGCAGCAUCAACAUUCCUUACAUCCUCGGCUCAAAAAAUCCUCGAGUCACGCGAGGAAGGCGGCAAGGCAACCGUUGUUAUUCAGAACGACAUUGCGGAUCCAGAACUCAACAGGGUCAUUCAAGGCCACAAAGUCAAUGGAGCUGCUCUUUGUCCCUCGUCUCUCUAUGCCGAUAUUGCUCAGACGCUAGCCGACUACUUGGUGAAUAAGUACAAGCCAGAAAUGAAGGACUGCGGCCUUGAUGUCGCCAACAUGGCCGUGCCUAAGCCCCUCUUGGCCAAGGGAGGCGAGCAGUUAUUCAGGGUUUCUGCCACCGCUGACUGGGCGGCCAAAAAGGUCAACGUCAACGUCUGGUCCGUCACAGCGGAAGGAAAGAAGAUGGUAGACCAUGCCAGCUGUAUUGUGAAGCUUUCCGACUGCAGUGUCUGGGAGCAAGAGUGGAAACGCAACGCGUACCUGAUACAGCGCAGCAUCGAAAGACUUCACAAGGACUCCGAGGAUGGCCAGUCUCACCGAAUGAAGCGUGGGAUGAUCUACAAACUCUUCGCGACUCUGGUUGACUACGAUGAUAACUACAAGUCGAUCCAGGAGGUCAUUCUGGACAGUGAAAACCACGAAGCGACUGGCAGAGUCAAGUUCCACGCACCCCCUGGAAACUACCACCGCAAUCCCUUCUGGAUCGACAGUCUGGGACACCUUUCUGGCUUCAUCAUGAACGCCAGUGAUGCCACCGACUCUAAGAACACGGUCUUUGUCAACCAUGGAUGGGACUCGAUGCGCUGCUUGAAGAAAUUCUCCGCAGAUGUCACCUACCGGACCUAUGUCCGUAUGCAACUCUGGCAGAACAACAUCUAUGCGGGCGAUGUCUACAUCUUCGAUGGAGAUGAGAUUGUCGCUGUUUAUGGCGGUGUGAAGUUCCAAGGAUUGGCGCGUCAGAUCCUUGACACUGUUCUUCCCCCGGUUGGAGGGUCCAAGGUUGCCAAACCGGCUCCCAAGGCAGCUGCGAAGUCUACCCCACCCCCGAUCAAUGUAGCCAAGGCGAAGGCUGGUCGCCCUGCACCUCCCGCUGCCGUCAAGUCUCUUGUCAAGUCCUCGUCGGGUCCCAGUCUUGUUGUCCGCGCUCUCAAGAUCCUCGCUUCGGAGGUUGGCCUGUCUGACGCAGACAUGACUGAUGACAUGGUCUUUGCAGACUAUGGAGUUGACUCGCUGCUUUCCCUGACAGUCACGGGAAGAUACCGCGAGGAGCUGGACCUCGACCUCGGGUCAUCGGUGUUCAUCGACCAGCCGACUAUCAAAGACUUCAAGCAGCUUCUGCAGCAGAUGAGCCCCAUGGAGAGCGACUCUUCAGGAAGCGACCUAGAGGAGUCUGGAUACUCAUUCCCCGCCUCCUCCGCCUCGACGGAUCCGUCAAGUGCAGCCUCGCCCGGCUUGCUGUCGCCUCCCAACGAGAAGGUUCUUGCAUCUGUCGAGCAAAAUGAAAGUCUUAAGAUCAUCCAAGGAAUCCUGGCCGAAGAGAUCGGUGUCACCCCGGAGGAGCUUACUGGUGACUCCAACCUGAGCGACAUGGGAUUGGACUCGCUGAUGUCCCUCACCGUCCUCGGCAAGCUGCGGGAGCAGCUGGACCUUGAUCUCCCUGGUGACUUCUUCAUCGAGAACCAGACUUUGGAGGAGAUCGAGGUCACUUUGGAUCUGAAACCCAAGGCUCCAACUCCUGCUGCAGUUGAGCCGAUCAGAUUGCCUGAGACGAUCCCUGAUAUCAACCCGAGUGCUGGAAACGUCUCGGUUAUUCAGCACCCUCCGGCAACGUCUAUCCUUCUCCAGGGUAACCCUAAGACGGCCACCAAGACUCUUUUCCUGUUCCCUGAUGGAUCGGGCUCUGCCACCUCGUAUGCCACCAUCCCCGCCUUGUCUCCUGAUGUCUGUGUGUACGGGUUGAACUGCCCAUAUAUGAAGACUCCCGAGAACCUGAAUUUCAGUCUGGACGAGAUCACCAUCCCGUAUGUGGCGGAGAUUCGUCGUCGCCAGCCCAAGGGACCCUACAAUUUUGGAGGCUGGUCAGCUGGUGGCAUCUGUGCCUACGACGCUGCUAAGCACCUGAUCUUCGAGGAAGGCGAGACCGUCGAGCGACUACUUCUCCUCGACUCCCCGUUCCCCAUUGGAUUGGAGAAGCUGCCCCGUCGCCUGUACAGUUUCUUCGACUCGGUCGGUCUGUUCGGUGAGGGCAAGGCGCCUCCCCCCAAGUGGCUCCUGCCGCACUUCCUAGCCUUCAUCGAAUCGCUGGAUGCGUACAAGGCAUCUCCAUUCCCUUACUCGGACGGCGAGCUGGGAAAGAAGACCCCCAAGACCUGGAUGAUCUGGGCCAAGGACGGUGUCUGCUCGACGCCAGAAGUGCCCUAUCCUCCUCCUGCGGAGGAUGGCAGCAAAGAUCCCAAGGAGAUGGUCUGGCUGCUCAACACUCGCACCGAUCUGGGGCCCAACGGGUGGGAUACCCUCGUAGGACCCAAGAAUGUCGGCGGCAUCACCGUCAUGGAAAAUGCUAACCACUUCACCAUGACCAAGGGCGCGAAGGCCAUGGAGCUGUCCAAAUUCAUGGCUAACGCCAUGGCGAAUUAA